UGUGCAGACAAGGAUAACUGCCGUCUGUCCCUCCGCUCCGGGCCUGCAAAUUGCGUCUGCCUCCGUUACCUUCCCUCCCUCAUUCCCCUCGUUUGUUCUGCAACCCGCCACAGGCACACACUUCUCGGUCUUCUGCCGCCGUAUUUCCCGGCAGGACAAGAAGCAGAACAUCCCCCACGCUGUCGAGUCCCCCUCCCACGCCCGCCCGUGGCUUUAAUCUUGUGCCCGCCUCUGCCCGCUAUAAACCGCCACUAAGCCUGGCCAUAACACGACGACGCUGCUCUAGACCUUGGCAAGCCGCUCAACAAAUUAGCAUUCGAUACCCCUCCGGCCCCACGCCGUGCCUGCCCGUAGGCAAGCAGACACCCAGCCGGCCCAGCAACACGCCAUCUUCGCCUGUUGACCCAGCCGCAAACUCACCUGCCCCUCGGCCACGAAUACCUGGAGCUUCCAACCGCCCACCGAAGCUAGUCGCCGCCAGAGAGCCACCUCACAAGCUCUAAGCUGGCCAAGCCCUGGUUUUCUCUGAGCUUGCAAGCUCGCUCCUCGGUUCCCAGGGGCAUUUCAUGACUGCGGCCGACCCUUUAUUCCUCGACCCUGCGACCAUCACUCUCUCCAUCUCUCACACCUCGACCCGCCGCCUUCACAAUGUCGGAGACGAACGGUAGCGCACCAGCUGCGAACACCUCGCGGCAGCGCAACGGGAGCAGCGUCACAGUUCCCGCCCCAAACGGCAAGGCCUCAUACGCAGAGAAGCACAGGAUUGCCGACCACUUCAUCGGUGGGAACAGGCUGGAAAAUGCCCCUCCCUCCAAGGUGAAGGAGUGGGUGGCAGCCCAUGACGGCCACACCGUCAUCACAAACGUUCUGAUUGCCAACAAUGGUAUCGCUGCCGUCAAGGAGAUCCGGUCAGUUCGGAAAUGGGCGUACGAGACUUUCGGCGACGAGAGGGCCAUCCAGUUCACGGUCAUGGCCACCCCGGAGGAUCUCCAGGCGAAUGCGGACUACAUCCGCAUGGCAGACCAUUACGUUGAGGUUCCUGGAGGCACCAACAACAACAACUACGCCAACGUCGAGCUGAUCGUUGAUGUUGCGGAGCGGAUGAAUGUUCACGCUGUGUGGGCAGGAUGGGGUCAUGCCUCGGAGAACCCAAAACUGCCCGAGUCACUGGCGGCAUCACCCAAGAAGAUCAUUUUCAUUGGUCCUCCUGGCUCUGCCAUGCGCUCCCUAGGUGACAAGAUCUCUUCCACCAUCGUAGCACAGCAUGCCCAAGUUCCUUGCAUCCCCUGGUCCGGCACCGGCGUUGAUCAGGUUAGCAUUGACAAAAAGGGAAUCGUCACGGUCGACGAGGAUGUCUACAUGAAGGGCUGCGUCACAUCAUGGCAGGAAGGCCUCACAAAGGCUAAGGAAAUCGGCUUCCCUGUCAUGAUCAAGGCUUCGGAGGGUGGCGGCGGCAAGGGUAUCCGCAAGGCCCUUGGCGAGGAGGGCUUUGAGGAGCUCUACAAGGCUGCGGCCAGCGAAAUACCCGGAUCCCCCAUCUUCAUCAUGCAGCUCGCUGGAAACGCGAGGCAUCUGGAGGUUCAGCUGCUCGCUGACCAGUAUGGCAACAACAUCUCUCUCUUCGGCAGAGAUUGUUCCGUUCAACGCAGGCACCAGAAGAUCAUCGAGGAGGCACCAGUCACAAUCGCCAAGGCUCCCACAUUCAAGGCCAUGGAGGAUGCUGCUGUCCGUCUCGGAAAGCUCGUCGGCUAUGUUUCUGCAGGCACCGUCGAGUACCUGUACUCACAUGCCGACGACAAGUUUUACUUCCUGGAGCUCAACCCUCGACUCCAGGUCGAGCAUCCCACGACUGAGGGUGUCAGUGGCGUUAAUCUGCCGGCUGCCCAGCUUCAGAUUGCCAUGGGUAUCCCACUGCACCGUAUCUCCGACAUCCGGCUGCUGUACGGCGUGGACCCCAAGCUGUCGACCGAGAUCGACUUUGAGUUCAAGAACCCCGAUAGCGAGAAGUCCCAGAGGCGGCCGUCCCCCAAGGGCCAUCUGACUGCGUGCCGUAUCACCUCUGAGGAUCCCGGCGAGGGUUUCAAGCCCUCAAACGGUGUCAUGCACGAACUGAACUUCCGCAGUAGCUCCAACGUCUGGGGCUACUUUUCCGUCGGCACCCAGGGUGGCAUCCACAGUUUCUCCGACAGUCAGUUCGGUCACAUUUUCGCCUACGGCGAGAACCGGUCUGCGUCCAGGAAGCACAUGGUCAUUGCCCUCAAGGAGCUGAGCAUUCGCGGUGAUUUCCGUACCACCGUCGAGUAUCUCAUCAAGCUGCUGGAGACUGAGGCCUUUGAGGACAACACCAUCACCACCGGUUGGCUGGAUGAGCUGAUCUCCAAGAAGCUCACUGCUGAGCGUCCUGAUCCCAUGCUUGCUGUCGUUUCCGGUGCUGUCACCAAGGCUCACCUCGCCAGCGAGCAGUGCCUAGGAGAGUACAAGACUGGCCUGGAGAAGGGUCAGGUGCCGUCCAAAGACAUCCUGAAGACCACCUUCCCUGUCGAGUUCAUCUACGAGGGCUUCCGGUACAAGUUUACCGUCACCCGUUCCAGCAGGGACAGCUACCACCUCUUCAUCAACGGCUCCAACUGCUCAGUCGGUGUGCGACCACUCAGCGAUGGUGGUCUGCUUAUUCUUCUCGACGGCAAGAGUCACAACGUCUACUGGAAGGAGGAGGUUGGUGCCACCCGCCUCUCUGUCGACAACAGGACUUGUCUGCUUGAGCAGGAGAACGACCCCACGCAGCUCCGCACCCCCAGUCCCGGCAAGCUGGUCAAGUACACCGUCGAGAACGGACAGCACGUCAAGGCUGGCCAGACCUUCGCCGAGGUUGAGGUCAUGAAGAUGUACAUGCCGCUCGUAGCUCAGGAGGAUGGCACGGUCCAGCUGAUCAAGCAGCCUGGCUCCACACUUGAGGCUGGUGACAUCCUCGGCAUCCUUUCGCUGGACGAUCCCAGUCGCGUCCAACAGGCGCAGCCCUUCCUCCAGAAACUGCCCGAGUUUGGUACUGCCGUUAUCACCGGCAACAAGCCUGCCCAGCGCUUUGCUCUCCUGCAUAAUAUCCUGGAGAACAUCAUGCUGGGUUUCGACAACACCACCAUCAUGAAGGAUAGCCUGCUGCAGCUGAUUGCGGUGCUCCGAGACCCCGAACUCCCUUACAGCCAGUGGAAUGCCCAGUUCUCUGCCCUGCACACACGCAUGCCCCAGAAGUUGGAAUCCCAGCUUGGACAGGUCAUCGACCGCGCUAGGGCUCGCCAGGCUGAGUUCCCGGCCAAGAACUUGCAGAAGACCUUCAACAAGUUUGUCGAUGAAAAUGUUGCCCGCGGGGACGCCGCAAUGCUCCGGUCUACCCUUGCUCCUCUUACGGAUGUUCUCGAUCUGUACUCUGAGGGUCAGAAGGCUCAUGAGCUCAAGAUCAUGGCUGCCCUCCUCAGCAAGUACGUCGAGACGGAGAAGCUGUUCUCGGGUCGCCGGCAGCAGGACGAGGAGGUCAUCCUCAAGCUCCGAGAUGACAACAAGGACGAGAUCCCGAAGAUUGUGCAGACGGUGCUUUCGCAUAGUCGCGUCGCCGCCAAGAGUCUUCUGGUUUUGGCCAUCAUCGAGGAGUACCGCCCCAACAAACCUGAGGUCGGCAAUGUCGCAAAAUACCUCCGCGAUGUCCUGAGGAAGCUCACCGAGCUCGAGUCCAGACAGACCGCCAAGGUUGCCAUCAAGUCCCGGGAGAUCCUCAUUCAGUGCUCUUUGCCCUCGCUCGAUGAGCGCAAGAGCCAGAUGGAGCACAUAUUGCGCUCGGCUGUUGUCGAGUCGCGCUACGGAGAAGCUGCCUGGGACCACCGUGAGCCCAACAUCGAGGUCAUCAAGGAGGUUGUCGACUCCAAGUAUACCGUGUUCGACGUGCUCAGCCUCUUCUUCGCCCACGAUGACCCAUGGGUUGGCCUUGCUGCCCUCGAGGUUUACAUCCGUCGCGCGUACCGUGCUUACGACCUGGGCAAGAUUGAGUACCAUAGCGAUGAGACCGAUGAGCCGUCGUUCGUCACCUGGGAUUUCGUCAUGAAGGUGACUGGUGACAUCGAGUUCAGCUUCGGUGGCCCGCUGCAGUCUGCCACGCCAUCGUCCCCCAUCACGCCCAACGAGUUCAGCUUCGGUCGCGUCACAUCGAUCAGUGACAUGUCGUACCUGUCCAAGAAGACGACCAAGCAGCCGACCCGCAAGGGUGUCAUUGUGCCGUGCAAGUACCUCGAGGAAGCGGAGGAUCUUCUGGCCAAGGCUCUUGAGACCCUGCCGUCUAAAGGCGCGCGUAAGAAGCUUGCCGGACCGGCUGCCGGUCUUAUCCCAACCCUCGACGGCAAGCGCAGGCCCGCACCCAUGCGCCGUGAUAGUGACGACGAGUUGACGGCUGUUGUGAACAUCGCCAUUCACGACGCCGAGACCCUCGACGACGACGAGAUCCUCUCGCGGAUCAAGCCCUUCAUUGCCCAGUUCAAAGACGAGCUCUUUUCCCGCCGCGUGCGACGCAUCACCUUCAUCUGCGGCAAGAACGACGCGUCAUACCCUGGGUACUUCACUUUCCGUGGGCCCAACUAUGACGAGGACGACAGCAUCCGUCACAGCGAGCCUGCCCUCGCCUUCCAGCUUGAGCUCAGCCGUCUGUCCAAGUUCAAGUACAAGUCGGUGUUCACCGAGAACAAGAACAUCCACGUGUACGAGGCCGUUGGUAAGGGCGUCGAUUCGGAUAAGCGCUACUUCACUCGUGCCGUCAUCCGCCCUGGACGCCUUCGUGACGAGAUCCCGACCGCCGAGUAUCUGAUAUCGGAAGCUGAUAGAGUCAUUAACGAUAUCUUUGACGCACUUGAGAUUAUUGGCAACAACAACUCGGACCUCAACCACCUGUUCCUCAACUUCAUUCCGACGUUCAACAUUCAACCCGAGGAUGUCGAGCAGGCGUUGGCCGGUUUCCUCGAGCGCUUCGGCUCCCGCGCCUGGCGCCUGCGCGUGGCUCAGGUCGAGAUUCGCAUCAUUUGCACCGAUCAGAACACCGGCACCAGGCUGCCCAUCCGUGUCUACAUCACCAACACGUCGGGUUACGUCGUGAAGGUGGAGCUCUACCAUGAGCGCAAGUCGGAGAAGGGCGACGUGGCUCUUCACUACUUCUCGGGCACGUCCAAGACCGGCGCCCUGCACCUGCUCCCCGUCAACUCGCCCUACCCGACCAAGAACUGGCUGCAGCCCAAGCGGUACAAGGCUCACCUGAUGGGAACCCAGUACGUCUACGACUUCCCGGAGCUGUUCCGCCAGGCCAUCCAGAACAGCUGGAAGAAGCUUGAGGCGCAGCAACCCACGGCCGCGGGCAAGCGCCCCCAGGAGGGCGAGUGCACCAGCACCCUUGAGCUGGUCCUCGAUGAUCAUGAUACUCUCCAGCCCAUUGACCGCGAGCCGGGCACCAACACCUGCGGCAUGGUGGGCUGGAUCAUCACGGCUUUUACCCCAGAGUACCCCGAGGGUCGUCGCUUCGUCGUUGUGGCCAACGACAUCACGUACAACAUCGGCUCGUUCGGCCCCAAGGAGGAUCACUUCUUCAACAAGUGCACCGAGUUUGCCCAGAAGCUUGGCAUUCCCCGCAUCUAUCUGUCCGCCAACUCUGGUGCCAGGCUAGGUGUGGCCAACGAGCUCAUGCCGCACUUCAAGGUCGCUUGGAAGGAUGGCCAGAGCCCACAGAAGGGCUUUGACUACCUGUACCUCACGGAUGCUGCCAAGAAGAUGUUUGAGGAGAACGUCAUCACCGAGGAAGUCAAUGUCGACGGUGAGACUCGCCACAAGAUUCUCACCAUCGUUGGUGCCGAAGACGGCCUUGGCGUCGAGUGUCUGCGCGGUUCCGGUCUCAUCGCCGGUGCCACGAGUAGGGCAUACAACGAAAUCUUCACCUGCACGCUGGUGACUUGCCGUUCGGUGGGUAUCGGCGCGUACCUUGUCCGUCUUGGUCAGCGUGCGGUCCAGAUUGAGGGUCAGCCCAUCAUCCUGACGGGCGCCCCUGCUCUGAACAACCUGCUUGGCCGCGAGGUGUACACCUCCAACCUGCAGCUGGGAGGCACCCAGAUCAUGUACCGCAACGGCGUGUCGCACAUGACUGCCAACGACGACAUGGAGGGCAUUUCCAAGAUCAUGGAGUGGAUGGCUUUCGUUCCUGCCAAGAGGAACAUGCCCGUGCCUAUCAUGCCGAGCGCCGAUGGCUGGGAUCGCGAAAUUAGCUUCGCCCCCCCGAAGCGCCAGCCCUAUGACCCCAGGUGGAUGAUCGCGGGCAAGGAAGACGAGGAGGGCUUCCAGCCGGGCCUUUUCGAUCGCGGCUCGUUUGUCGAGACUCUGGGAGGUUGGGCCAGGACCGUCGUCGUCGGCCGUGCUCGUCUGGGUGGUAUUCCCAUGGGUGUCAUCGCUGUCGAGACGCGCUCGGUCGAGAACAUCACGCCGGCGGACCCUGCCAACUCGGACUCGAUGGAGCAGGUUACGAACGAGGCCGGCGGUGUCUGGUACCCCAACUCGGCCUUCAAGACGGCACAGGCCAUCAACGACUUCAACCACGGCGAGCAGCUCCCGCUCAUGAUCCUGGCCAACUGGCGUGGUUUCUCAGGCGGCCAGCGCGACAUGUACAACGAGGUCCUGAAGUAUGGAUCCUUUAUCGUCGACGCUCUUGUCAAGUACGAGCAGCCCGUCUUUGUCUACAUCCCGCCCCACGGCGAGCUGCGUGGUGGUUCCUGGGUGGUGGUGGACCCAACCAUCAACCCCACGGCCAUGGAGAUGUACGCCGAUGUGGACGCGCGCGGCGGUGUGCUCGAGCCGGAGGGCAUCGUCGGCAUCAAGUACCGCAAGGAGAAGCAGCUCGAGACCAUGGCGCGCCUCGACCCUGCGUACGCAGACCUCAAGAAGCGCAUGCUGGCGGCGCAGGAGGCGGCCAAGAACAAGGGCGCGAACAUGGAGGAGCUGGAGCAGAUCAAGAAGGAGAUGACCAAGCGCGAGGAGCAGCUCCUGCCCAUCUACCAGCAGAUCGCCAUCCAGUUCGCGGACCUGCACGACCGGGCCGGACGCAUGAAGGCCAAGGGUGUCAUCCGGGACGUCAUCGAGUGGAAGGAGGCACGUCGCUUCUUCUACUGGCGUGUGCGCAGGCGGAUCAACGAGGAGUAUCUCCUGCGCAGCAUCGCGCGCGCCACGGCCGGCGCCGCUGCUGUCUCGCCGUCGCACAAGGUCUCUACGCAGGCGCGCACUCGACACAUGCAGCUGCUCUCGGCCUGGAGCGGUGUACCCGAGUUUGAUCGUGCGGACCGCGAGGUGGCCACGUGGUACGAGGAGAACCGCCAGGUGGUGGCGGAGAAGAUCCGGGCCCUCAAGUCGGAGGCAGUGGCGGCUGAGAUUAGGGAGCUCAUCCGCGGCGGCACCUGGGUGGCAGGCGAGGGCGAUUCGGUGCCCGUUGCGACGGACACAACGCCGCCAACCUCGCCUCAGACGCCCGCGCCCGGCCUCAACAAAGCCGGCGUCAGCACGAGCUGGAAGGGCGUGCGCGACGUUCUGCGCGUCAUGCCAGUGGAGGAGAGGGAGAAGGUGCUUCAGUUCCUGCGCGAGUAGGGGAAGGCAUAGUGUUUGUCGUUGCGUAAGGUGAUAUGGGUGUUGGGGAUUGUAAAAAGGUUCCGAGGUGGGGGUCCCCUGACUGCCCAGUCUGGCGCUUGGCGUUUGCUUACAGGAUGCUCCUUUGGUGGCUUUGGACGAACGGACGAGUAUAGUAUAGACUCUGCGCCAUUGCUUAUUAUUUGGAUUUUCUUUUUUUUUUGCUGCUACGAUAAUCUCUAGGUCUUAGAAAUGAACGUCUUGCGAUGCAUCCUAUCCAUUGUUUGAUGUGGUUUGCCGCUUUGUCC